CACUCUACCACCCCACCAAGCAUCGCGACACAAAAAAUCCUCACUCCAGCCUCACCCAACAGCCCACAACGAUGUCUCCGCUUACAGCCACCUACUUGCAGCGCUCUUCGACGCACCCGACAGCGCUCGGGCGGACGCUACUCUCUUUGAUGUCGCGCAAGCGCACCAACCUGUGCAUCAGCCUAGAUCUGCCCUCACCUUCGGAGAUCCUCCGUCUCUUAGACAUCCUGGGACCCUCAAUCUGCGUCGCGAAAACACACAUCGACAUCCUGCCGUUCUCGGGGGCAGGUGAUAUCGCGGCGUUUACUGGUGCGCUCGCCGCGCUCGCCGCGAAGCACGACUUUCUGAUCUUCGAGGACCGGAAGUUUGCCGACAUCGGCAGCACGGUUAAGGCGCAGUACGGCGGGGGCGUGUACCGUAUCGCGCAGUGGGCGCAUAUCACCAAUGCCCAUACCGUGCCCGGACCGGGGAUUAUCGACGGCUUGAAGGAGGUUGCCGCUACGGUGGCACACCCCCGCGCGCUAUUGCUGCUCGCCGAGAUGUCGAGUAAAGGCAGUCUGGGCGGUGGGGAGUAUGCGGCGAAAACGCUCGAGAUGGCGAGGGGGGAGAAGGAGUUUGUCAUGGGCUUCAUCGCGCAGGGCGCUAUGGAGAACAGGGAGGGCGAGGAUUGGAUUGUGAUGACUCCCGGGGUGGAUUUGGGACGGAAGGGCGAUGGGCUGGGUCAGCAGUAUAAUACGCCCGAGAGGAUUGUGGGCGAGAAGGGGAGCGAUAUUAUCAUUGUUGGAAGGGGGAUCAUCGGCGCUGCGGACCCGGUCACGACCGCGGAGGAGUACAGGAAGGCGGGUUGGGAGGCGUAUGAGAAGAGGGUUGCGGGGGGUAAUUAAGGGAGUGGAUUGGGACACAAGCUUGCUCCGCAACGAAGGAUGCCUCCUCUCAUUCGCGCAACAUCCGAGAAUUGACUACGAUCGUGAUAGUGAACCGUCUCAGGUGCAUAGAAGAUCACUCAUCCGACUUUUCAUCUGAC